AUUAUAUAGACCUGAAUAAGGCUAUUGUCGCAGAGAUAUUGCAUACUUCAUGUAGUGAAGUGGUGGUGGUGGUUACAACUGGUGUCCGCACUAUCGGAAACUAAGAUGAAGCUACUGUUGCUAAUCCUUUUGGUUGUGGGAUGCAUUAUUUGUGCAUCAAAAUCCGAAAAAUGCGCCCCCACGACUCAAGAAGACUGUGAGAAUAUGACUUCCGAGUACGAAAAAUAUAGAGCUUGUAUGGAACGACGAACAAAACGAUCUGCUGAUUGCUACGACGAAGACGAGACAAACUGUGACAAAUGCGACUGCAAUUCAUGCAGCUACAAUUCAUGUGAUAAUUGUGACAACAAUAACAACUGCUGCGAAAAAUGCUGUCAGAGAAGUUCAUGUACAACGUCCAACUGUUGCCACCAAACCUGCAGAGCAGAGUGCAGAUCUAAUUCUUGUCGAACCGCGUGCAGAAAGAGAUGUCAAGAUAGACCAGCCAACAUCGAAGGACCUCCAUCGGUACAAACUCAAUCAAAAACUGCAAGCCAACAUAAUAUAACCACCGUUAUUCAUCUCAACAACGUUAUUAACAACACGAACUUAAUUAAUUUGCCAAUAAACGUCAAUAAUACUGUCGUAAACAAUAUCACAGGUCAAGUACAGUACGGAGGAGGAUACACUGCGUCACAGACAUCCGAAGAAAAGUGUUGCUUAAUAAUAGGGCCAAGACAAUGCGUUCCGCAAAACACCUUUCCUUUUAUAAGAUGCUUCCACAUAAGAAGAAAGACUUGUGGCAAUAUCUGUUCUGCUCCGGUGAUUCAUUAUCAGACUCAUGAGAUUUGUGACAAUGAUGUAGGCGCAAACUUGCAACAACCAUGUCAUCAGCAGACAGUUUACGUCCCUCAGCCCCAACCCAGAUGUGCUUACCAACAGGCAUGGCCAUACGUUAGUUGUGGAAAUCAAGCAAUGCAAACCUGCGAUGGAUGCUACAGUCACUACGUAAAACGCGAAGACGUAACAAAGUGUUCAAAUUUCUGCUAUGAUGAUGGUUACGGUGUUGGACCAUAUUACAGACAAGCACCAUUUUACAGACCAGGUUUUGCCCAUGCUCCCUCUUGUUAUCAAACUGGUAUGUGUGGCUUCGACGGUUACGGUUAUGGUUAUGGAUAUGAAGGCAUCCCAGACAACGGUUUUCCCAUGGCUUAUCCCCCACAGACUUAUCCUUUUGUUAUCGAGGAUUGUGAGAAUUGUACUUUUCCUGCUGCAGGAUGGGACAGUCCUAAUUCCAAUGAACCUUUUCAUCAACUUGAAUACAAGAAUCUACCGCCUUAUUUCCCGUGGAGCAAUGGUUCAGACAAAUUAAUGAAGAUUGAUGCGAGUGUUAACGCGGCACGUUCUGAAAGAUAUGCUGAAAUUAGAAUUAAGCCCGCAAAUGAAAGUCAAGUGACGACUACAACGGUGAGCAGUGAGCAAACCACGCUGUCUUAAGUUUCAUUAGCAAAUACUUGUAUUGACACAGAAUAUAAAUAAAUCUGUCGCUUAAUUUCACUCCAAA